AGCGGAAGUCCCACCUCCAGCCCUACAGAAACUUCCGGCUCCGGUAGCUAGGGUCGCGCGGUGACGGGGUGGGGUCGGCGGUCGGGAUGGUUCUGCUGGAGAGUGAACAGUUCCUGACGGAGCUGACCAGGCUCUUCCAGAAGUGCCGGUUGUCGGGCAGUGUGUUCAUCACCCUGAAGAAGUAUGAUGGCCGAACUAAACCCAUUCCGAGGAAAGGUUCUGUGGAGGGCUUUGAGCCCUCAGACAACAAGUGUCUGUUAAGAGCUACUGAUGGGAAAAAGAAGAUCAGCACAGUGGUGAGCUCCAAAGAAGUGAAUAAGUUUCAGAUGGCUUAUUCAAACCUGUUGAGAGCUAACAUGGAUGGGCUGAAGAAGAGGGACAAAAAGAGCAAGAGUAAGAAGAGCAAAGCAGCACAGUGACAAGUACAAUUCCCUGUUUUCAUCAACUGACCACUGAAUUGCUAUUUUUCCUCUGGUUUUUACUUUUGGCCACAAAGCUAGGUUUCUGAUUCCCUUGCAUUAACUGUUUUCAUGUGAGGUUAGGGUCAUUUGGAUAGAAAAAAAGCUGUGAUGUUUACAGGGUGGCUAUGAGAAGCCACUUUAUUUUUGGCCUGGCUGACUGGCCUGUGUAUACCCCUGGGUUAUGGUUUAAAGUCUCUGCAGCCACCUGUAUGAAGAGCAAUGUAUCAUUAAACCUGCCUAUUUGUCAGCAUA